GCUUUCAGAAAAUACUUCUUUUUUCGUGUCCGAUUCGCUCGGAUUUCCGUAUUUUUAUUAUUGGCGAGUGCAAUGGGCAGGCAUUUUCGAUGAAGGGUGCGCUGUGCAGCAUCAUUUGUCAGCUGGGUUUGAUAUGUAGGAGAGAUAUCUAUGCAAUUUCUAUAAAAGCUGGCGAUAUGCAUUGCUUUCCCUCACCCAUUGACAAGUGUGCAUAACCUACAUACUUUACACAUAAUUCCUUAUACCUUUUUCACACCAUGAGCACAAGCGAGCAGGGUGUUAUUGCUGUUGCUGGAGGAACAGGGGGUUUGGGACGCCACAUUGUUGAGGAGCUUGUUGAAGACUGCAAAUACAAAGUCGUUGUCCUUUCUCGAACGCCCAACCCAUCUCUCACCGCACUCGGAGUGGAUGUUCGGCCCAUUGACUACACGUCUCACACAUCCAUUGUCAAAGCCCUUGAAAAUGUCCACACACUUAUCUCAUGCAUUGCAGCAGGAGGGGACGCGUUGGCAGAUGUACAAAUCAAACUCUUACGCGCUGCCGAGGCGGCCGGCGUGAAGCGAUUUGCACCGAGCGAAUGGGCAAGCGACACGCAAAUCAACACGAAUAUCGAGGGCUACUUUCCUAAGAAGGCGGUGAUUGAGGAAUUGCAGAAAAGUAAACUCGAAUGGACAUUGUUCAUGAAUGGCGUGUUUAUGAAUUACCUCGCUUCACCACGCGGGACUGGGCACCUGCAACCUCUUAAAUUCGUGAUCGACACAGAGAACCGUACUGCCAACAUCCCCGGAACAGGCAACGAGCCUGUCGUUAUGACAACUGUUCAGGAUGUAGCGAAAUUCGUGGUGGGAUCCUUAUCCCUUCCCUCCUGGCCAGAGAAAUCCGGCAUCAUUGGAGAUCUCACGACCUACAAUCAUGUGGUGAAAGCAGCCGAGCGCAUCACUGGAGAAAAAUUCAAGGUCGAAUACAGAUCUUUGGAGCAGUUGAACAAGGCCAUCCAUCCGGAUGCCCAGAGUAUCAUGGAAAACUUUUACACUCAGGUUUGCAUUGCGAUCGCGGAGGGUGCCAAGGGUGGAUUUGUGUUUGAAGGGACGCUGAACAAGCUGCUCCCCCAUAUAAAAACCGUGAGCGUAGACGAGUUUCUGGCACACUGGUGGACACCGUCGGGCAUAGGGAAAUCGAAAUAGGUCGUUUAUGAUUAUGUAAUAAUUCUGCUGCGCAUAGUCACGUGAUAAAUGUCAAUAUGACGUAAGAGACUAAGCAAGUGUUCCAAAACCUU